GCUUCUUAGUUCUGUAUUUCAUGUUCGAAACGAAACGACGAUUUCACGUUUUGCCCUUCCUCUUUUCAAAUUCGAAAAAUAAAUAAAAUAACAAACCCAAUAUUGCCCAAAAUUGGUUCAUUACUUUUAUAAGUAAAGAAUUUUUUGCCAAAUGAAAAAAAAUUUAUUCGGUCAACCUUCAACUUGAACCGCGACAAAUCGCGUGUGCGUGUAUAUAAAUGUGUGUGUAUGUGUUUGUGUUAAUUGUUAGUGUGCAAUUCGGAAAGUGUUUUCUACAUAGCAUUUCACGCUUUAUGCCAUUACAGCGACUCACCGAUGUCGCCAACUCAGUGCAUUUCACAUUCGCCGAUUGCGAGGUCGAUCGGCGGUGAAAAUAUCGUUAGUAAUCGAUGAAAAUUCCUCUCGUUCCUUUACAUUCAAAAUCAGGGAAUAAACAAUUUUUUCUCUGAAUAUUUUCCUUCUUUCAAUAUGUAAAUUUAUAACAAUAUAAAAAAUUUGUGCAAAAUCUAGCGAAAGAGAUUUUUUCAAGUGAUACUCAAUCCAAGGAAAGUAAUUUACAAGAAACUUAUGAAUUUGAUAACUAAAGUAGUGAAUUCGACAAAAACGAGAAAAUAAGAGAGUCAUUUUUAAAAUAAAAAAGGUAAAAAUGAUGGAGUUCCUACAAAACCUACUGGAGAAUAUAGAAAAAUUUUGAUGACAGCCAAUUUGCAGUUACUGAAAGAACUAUUGAAAUUACUGGAAACAUUAUGAAGUCCUUUACAAAACUAAAAAAAAUACUGUGAAAAAGUAAAAAAAUCAAUAAAUACCCUUUUGAAGUGUCCAAAGGCAACAGCAUUUAUUGAAAAACUACAGGAAUCACUAAAAAAAUACUAGAGGUACAAAAGAAGGAACUAUACAGAGUUACUAGAAAUAUUCUGUAAUCAAGAAAUGAUUAAUAAAAUUUCUAAAUAUACUAAAAAUUACCGGGAUUAAAAAAACUACCAAAAUAAAUAUUUGAUUAUUAAAAAGUAGUAAUCGAAAUAAAAAAGAUUGCGGUGAAUUCGAAAGGAAAGAGAUCAACAUUGGGGUCAAUAAAUUGGAUUAUCCAAACGGGAUUAAAGAUUAUUCGACUGCAAUCAAGCCGGUGGUUGAAAGGUUGCAACUUGUUUGAUAAAAGAAUAAUAUGCGACACAAGCCGUAGAGUUUAAAAGGCGGACGAGCCUGAAUAAUUCUUCCCUCUACAUCAAUUCUUCGAGGAAGAACACAUCCUCCGGUUGAAUUUAUUUGCCGUCGUAUUAUGGAAAGCAGGAUGUACAUCAGCGACGAUAGCAACAAUACUUGCCCCAAAGGCGGCAAGUUCGCAUCAACAAAUUCGAUUCCAUCCUUGGUCGAAAGUUGUCAAUCAAUCGACGAUGGUAAAAUGAAGGAGCCCGUUGUUAUAUUGAGAAACAAUAAAGCACGUCGGCACAGUGUUUUUGAUGAUUUGAAAGCGAAACGUGACAGUCUCUUUCAACGUGCAAGACGUAGCAGUAUAUUCGAGGACAAAGAAAAUUCCAUGUCACAUGAGAAGGAGAAGAAAAACAAGGAAAAGGAUAAGAGCAAGGAAAAGGAGAAGGAAAAGGAAAAAGAGAAGCGCAGGAGUAGUGAGAGUAGUGCGAGACGUGGUUCCGUAUUUUAUGUGUCGCAGGAUCUUCUAGAGGAGAAUCGUGAUAUUGAUCUCGAGGAUCAGAAGGCGAUUGAUCGGGAAAUGAAAAAGGGAAGAAGGAAGUCGUGGCAUCCACUUGCUAAGCCUCCCAAGGCCGAUCGGAAAAGGAGAAAGGGCACCACAAGUGUCCCCUCUGAUGUUGGCAGCACUGAAGGCCUUCAUACUAGACAAAAGAGACCAUCAUGGUGGAACAUCUUUGUACCCGAUUCUGUCGUAAGAUCUCGACGGAUGUCCCAGGAUGUCUUGCACACAAGAUCCACGGAAAAUCUCACAUCAACUUAUUUCAGGAGCAAAAGUCGCAGUGUGGAUCAUGGAUUCACAACUCCAUUCGAUCUCGACUCUUUGCGGAAUAAAGUUGAAGGACGCUUUGAAUCCAUCGACAAAGUUUCGAGAGAUUCCGAUAAUGAUAGCAAAGAUAGUUCUUCUGCUCAAGAAAAGAAACAUGGCCGAGUAUCACAACCCAUUAGCACAACUGCUUAUACGGUGGGCGACAGAGAUACACUUACAUCGGUAGCGGCGAGAUUCGAUACAACACCGUCGGAAUUGAGCAAACUCAACAGGCUUGGUAGCACGUUUAUUUAUCCCGGUCAACAAUUAUGGGUUCCAACAAAAGGAGAAGGUUGCCUAAGAGAAGGUGUGACUGCCGAAGCACCAAGUCCGGAUCUUGCUCAGGACCAUGAUUCUCAAGAUGAUCUUCCACCUGAAGAGAAAGAACUUUUGGACAAUCUAAGACCUGUUUCUCCCAAACCUGGACAUUUGGAAAGGGUUAAAACACCUCAAAGCAACACUACAAUCAUGGAUGAAGAUGGACCAUAUAAAGAGAGGUUUCUUAAAAUUAAUGUUCGUCACAUUACAGAUGGACAGGGAGUGGUUGGAGGUGUUUUACUAGUAACACCAAAUGCAGUGAUGUUUGAUCCGAAUGUCUCGGAUCCACUUGUCAUUGAGCAUGGCGCUGAAUCCUAUGGUGUUAUUGCGCCCAUGGAAUUUGUCGUUAAUGCCGCAAUUUAUUAUGACAUCGCUCACAUGCGUGUCAGUCAUACGGAAUCAAAUAAUCAAGAUAAAAAACCGGAAAUAUAUUACAUGAAAAAAAUUUCACAAUCUGGAGCAAGUAAAUGUCAAUCUCCUGGGAAAGAUGAGAAUUUCCCGGAAUUAACAACCGACGAUAGUGAGAGUGUUUGCAGUUGUGCUGAACGUGAAGGAGAUGCUUUUCCCAAAGCUUUCGAGAGAGAUCUCGUCACACCUACAAAUCUACAAACCGAUGAAAAUUCGGCUUCGACCAAAGAUAAGGAUAAGGAGAGCAGCGGUGAGGCUGUCGGGGGUCAAGCUAACAAAACAUUGGAAGAGCGCAGGCGUUCGAUGCUGGACCAUCACUGGGCUGUUCCCAGCAAAGACCGAUGUUCGUUAUCAGUAGACGAUGAGCAACAAGACUCUCUUAAUUCUGAUAAGGUGGAUGGAACAAAACCAAAUUCCAUUCCUGAGGAGGAAGGUUCUCUAGUCAAGCAAUCGUGCCACGAUUCUGGUAUCGAUAUUCGCGACCCAAAUCCUCCUCUUCCAGUUGUGCAACCAAUUCCUUCGAAAAAAGUUUAUUCUGACGCGGACAUUGUUCUUUCAACAGACUGGGUCCCACCGAUUACAAUUGCACCGACGAAUGUCACAACAACACUUGACGCUGAUUCCGGUGUUUGUAGAAAGAAGGCAAGUUCCGUGUCAUUCAGUUUAGACAGUAAUGCCGAAGAGGCUGAAAAGGACGACGAGCACAAGGAGGAAGAUAAGCAAGAGACAAGGAAAAAUAAGAUGUUGAAACGACUUUCAUAUCCAUUGACUUGGAUGGAGGGCCUAACAGGUGACAAAGAAGAGGACAGUAGAUCGAGUGAAAAAUUGUCAAGUCUGCCAAAUAGCGCUGACAGUCAACAUUCUUCCGUUUUCAGCAAAGUAUUUUCCAGCUCGCCGAUCAACCUGGUGAGUGACUUUAGCUCGGGCCUAUUCGCUAAAACCCCCAGCGAAGAGAGCGGCGGAGGUGGUCGAGUUGGAGGAACCCCUCCACUCACUGCCUCCACACUCUCUCAGGACGCCUUCGGCAAUCCUCAUAUCUCUUCAAGUCUUAUGGGACGAUCUUCGGUUGGGACGUUUAUUCGCCAACAGCCAUUGACAUCUUCGGGGAGCAGCAGUGUGGAUAGUAAUCGAGGAAGUAAAGCCUCGACAGUACCACCAAAAUUGGAUUAUCGUAGCAUGGUGUCCGUCGAUGACAUGCCCGAACUUUUCGUCAGUUUUGACAAAUUAAUUCCACGACCGGCACGAUCGUGCGAGGAUCCACCUUUAUAUUUGAGGCUUCGAACUGGAAGGCCAAAGGACAAGAAAAUCCCGAGAUCAACUCCAAUUAUGAGCUAUGGGAAAAAGAAAUUGCGACCUGAAUACUGGUUCAGUGUUCCACGCAACAGAGUGGACGAUCUUUACAAGUUCAUCCACGCUUGGGUUCCAUCGCUUUACGGUGAACUGGACGAGAAUUAUUGGAAAGAACGUGGCUAUAUUUUAUCUGACACGGACACGGAUCUUUCACCGGAAUUAUCGCCGCACGACACUGAGGGUGGUGAAAAUCCCGAAGACGAUAAAAAUCGUAACAGCGACAGCGAUGACAUUUCCGAUUUAACACGCGAGUCUUGGGAGCUGAUCAAGGCUCCAUACGUUAAACUCUACAGCAUCCUGAAGACAACAGCUUCCGCCGACUAUUACGAGCAGCCUCAGGAUCCAGAGGUGCUGUCUAUGAGUGAAGAGCUCAGAAGGGCCCUUUAUGCGAAUAGUGCAGUCUCUUUGGACACGGAAAUUAUUGUUCCAGAUCUAGUCGGUACCACAGAAAUACUCAGUGAUGAUCACAGAGAACAUCUCUGUCGGCAUUUGCCAGCCAGGGCGGAGGGCUAUGUUUGGACUUUGGUUUUCAGCACGAGCCAACAUGGAUUCAGUCUCAAUAGCAUGUACAGAAAAAUGGCCAAGGUUGAAAGCCCAAUUCUUCUCGUUAUCGAAGAUACCGAGGGAAAUGUGUUUGGAGCAUUAACCUCUUGUUCUUUACAUGUAAGUGAUCAUUUCUAUGGAACUGGAGAAUCCCUUUUGUUCAGAUUCACCCCGAGGUUCCAGGCCUUCAACUGGACUGGCGACAAUCUUUACUUUAUCAAGGGAAACAAUGAGAGUUUAGCAAUCGGCGCUGGAGAUGGGAAGUUUGGUUUAUGGCUGGAUGGUGAUUUGUACCAGGGCAGGACACAGUCUUGCAGUACAUAUGGUAACGAGCCGCUGGCGCCUCGUGAGGAUUUUGUCGUCAAGACAUUGGAAUGCUGGGCAUUCAUAUAGGAUUCGGCUUUAAAUUUAAUGCCGUGAUCUUUGUCGUCAUUGGAGCCUAAUUAAACCUGAAACUCAGGGCCUUUUUGUGGCGACCUCGCACCCAGUACCAGGAGAGAUCAGAUGAAGACUAAAAAUUGACUCUAAGAGCCGGUACAAAAGGGGAGAGUGACAAUUGUCGAAUGGAUAAAAAAAAAGCCCAGUGAAAAAAAAACAAGUCGACUCCCAAAAAAUGAUUGAAUAUUCAUUUUAUUCCUAUCGAUAAUUGAUGAUGAAGUGCUUGAGAAUGAAAAAAAUAUGAAGAAGAAAAGUGAAGAGAGCAAAAACUCGCCUCUUCUCUACGAUAGACCUCGGCUCAUAGACUUUUAUUAUUUUUAAAUUUCUUUUUUUUUAAUUUAGCAGUAUUUAUUUUUUUGCGUUGUACUAUAUAUCUAUAUAUAUUCUCGCGCGUUUUCUUAAUUUCUAAAACAAGAAAAUUUUUCGUCGAGAAAAUAUUUAUUCACUAAUAUUUUCUUUUCAUGUCUAAAUUUUGUUUUUUUUCUUUGAGAAGGCAUUAUUAUUUCUUCUUUAUAAAGAAAGAGAAAUGGAAUAUUUUACUCAAUGGAAUCAUUAUUUUAUCAUUUUUUAUGUCUUUGGCAAUGAUUUCCUGAGAUUAUUAUUAAAAAGGCCGUUUUUUGCUUCAUAUACUACUACUAAUAAUAAUAAUAAUAAUAAUAAUAUAAAAAAAGGAAAAAAAGAUCGAUGUGUCGCGGAUAUCAUGAUGAGAUACAAAAAAUAAUCAAGCAAAACUAACUGUUUUUCGAUGUGUAGAUAAUGUAGAUAGUAAAUGUAAAUAUAUACAUACAUUACGAUCGUGUUACAAUGAUUGUUUCGAUGAGCGCUAUAUACAAAUCCCCGAGAACUCGCGCGUGAGGAAAAAUGCAUUUCUUUUCUGAAAUGACGUUUUUUCAACCCGGCGGGUGUCUCGUUUAUUUAAGAUCUGAACAGAAUCAUAUAGCCUAUAUUAGAUGAUUCGUAUAAAUAAAAAAAAAUUACAAAAAAAAGAAAUGGAAAAAAAUUAUACAUUGCACUGAGUGAAAAAGACAAAUAUAUUAUAUUUGCUGUUUCUUGAUAUUAAAAAACAAACAAAUAAAUCUGGUACGAGAACUAACAAAAUUGUAAAAAAGAUUAAAUUUUGUUUUUGUACUUUUUUGGGGGGGAAAUUUUUGUCUGAGCUCGUGUAAGAAAAAAAAUGUCAUUAACAGACCACACAACGAAAAACUCGCCUGUGCCUCGCAUCGUACUCUCGGAACUCUCUUCUUCAAACAGAAAAGACUUUUAUUGAAAACCAAAAAUCGAUACAAUUUUAUUUUUAAGUUUUUUUUUAUUUAGAUUUAACGAUUUUUUAAUGAUAAAUUUA